AUGGCUGAAGGAACUAGACUGAAGGUUAUGGAUGAUAAACUGGUUAGACACAAAGAGGUUCUAAAUGAAGUGAUGGCCACUCAGGAGGAACUCCGCAACACUCAAAAUGGCAUACAGGGCACACUGGAGCUGAUACUCGAACGACUGACUAAUUUGGAGAGAGUUCCACCAAGAGCACAAGGAGAGGGACCUCAAGGUGAUGGAUUACUGCCCAUGCCAGGCCAAGAGAUGAGGCACCAUCGACCUCCAGCAGUACAAGCUCCUGCGCCUAAAUGGGAGCUACCUUAUUUUGAAGGUCAUGAACCUAAAGGAUGGAUCAGAAAAUGCGAAAGGUAUUUUAACUUGUAUAGGACUCCAGAUAAUUUGAAAGUGGAAGCACCUGCUCUCUAUUUGAAUGGAUUGGCCGACAUCUGGUACAACUCCUUAAUUCUAAGUAAAGGGGAAGUAAGUUGGGCUGAAUUUAAAGAAGAAUUGCUGAUCCGAUUUGGAGAAGAAUUAAUGGGAGACAUAGUAAAGGAAUUUAACAAGCUAAACCAGACGGGGACAGUGGAUGAAUUCCUGGGUAAAUUUGAAGAUUUGAAAGCCCAAAUGUUGAUCAGGAACCCUAACUUAGAUGAGUCACAUUUCAUUUCUAGUUUUAUUGGUGCCUUGAAGGAGGAGAUUAGGUUUGGGGUGAAACUAUUCAAACCUACAACUCUAAGAUUUGCAGUGGAACAAGCUAGGUUACAGGAGAAGGUUAUAGAGGCUGCUUUCAAGCGUACAAAAGUAGUGACUAAAUCCUUUCAGAACACUGGCAGCUCUAGCAUCACUAAGGCACAUGUUGCAACUGCAGUCAAACCAACUUCAUUUAGGCUUAGCCCUGAGGUUUAUGAGUAUAGGAAGAAUAACCAUUUGUGUUACAAAUGUGGUGAGAAGUAUGCUCCAGGCCACCAAUGCAAAAAGAAGCAAUUAAAUAGUAUGAUAGGGACAACAGAAGUUCCUAUUGAGACUAGUGAGAUAGAAGAAGAACAAAACUCUGCAGGGCUGAUCAUUGAAGGGGAAAUGGAACAGGAAGUUAUAGAGGUGGUGUGUUUAAAUGCCCUAUCAAGUGAUAACAAGGGGGUUAAUACCAUACUGGUACGUAGGACUAUAGGCAAUAGGAAACUAACAGUAUUGAUUGACUCAGGGAGUACUCAUAGUUUCAUUGAUGCCACCACAGUCAAGGAAUCAGGGUACCAAGCUCAACCCUGCCCACCAGUGAGGGUGACAGUUGCUGAUGGAAACUAUGUUAUGUGCACUUCAAUUUGCAUGAGCUAUCAAUGGAAGAUGCAAGGCAGACCAUUCCAAGAGAAUCUACUGAUUAUUCCAUUGGGAGGCUGUGAUAUGGUUAUGGGAAACGAUUGGAUGAAGAAGCACAACCCAACCAAAUUUGAUCAUGAGAAGAUGUGUGUUACCAUUGGUAAGAAGGGUAACAAGCUGGUAUUACAGGGCAUCACUGAAGAGGGAAAGCUGACUAUGAUCACCAGUGGAACCAUGGGCAAGAUGUUAAAGAAAGGUCAGGCUCUAAUAGCUCACCUAUUCAUGAUAAGUGCUGUGAAUACUGAAGAGCAAGAACCAGUCGGGGAGGCCAUUGAAGAGGUACUACAGCAUUAUUCAGAUGUUUUUGCUGAGCCAAAGACCUUGCCUCCUGUCAGGACAUUAGACCAUAACAUACCCUUAAAACCAGGAGCAAUGUCAGUCAGUUUGAGGCCCUACAGGUACAACUAUUAUCAGAAGGAGGAAUUAGAAAAGCAGGUUAAGGAGAUGCUUACUAAUGGCAUCAUACAACAUAGUCAAUCAUCCUUCUCUUCUCCAGCCUUACUUGUCAAGAAGAAAGAUGGAUCAUGGAGAUUCUGUGUAGACUAUAGAGGGCUGAAUGAUAUCACAAUUAAGGAUAAGUAUCCCAUACCCAUUGUAGAUGACCUAUUAGAUGUCUGUAAUAUUUUCAAAGGUGGAUUUUGCGGGCUGGUUACCACCAGAUCAGAAUGA